GUACAGCAGGAACAUUCAAUUAAAGAGUAUUGUCAGACAUAACCAAACCCCAGAGGAAUCUAUCAGAGGUUUGGCUCCUUUUAGGAGGAGCAGUGAGGCAGGCAGAGGAAGGGGUCGAGGCAGCACUAGUCGAGGAGUUCCCAGAGGCCAGUGCAUUCCAAUCCGGUGUCAUCCAGCGUUAAUCGUGUAUCUCCACCGACAACACCGGCCUGCCAGAUCGAUUGGUUGAGCCAACCGGUCGUCUUCCAGACUUCCAUACAGGUCAUGGACCUCUGAAGAAUUGAGCCAACGACGGUGGGUAACGUCAUGAGUACCAACCGUUAGUUGGCAGGGCAACGGGUGGUUGCCCACUGAACAUGACAUUGACAUCGUGUCAAGGUCUCCCCCCUUGGUCUUUGGUGUUCCCUACCAAGCGUAGGAUCUAAUGCGUGGUGAAAUGAAAACCUGUACAGUGAGGAAGAAGCUAAAGAGGGCGGUCAGGACAGGGGAGAAUCAUCCGACAACUUCCAGGGUUGAGUAGAAACCUCUUAGAAAGAACAAAGGAGAGUAAGAAGACGGCCCAGCGGGUAUGGGAGACAAUCUGUUCUGAAGCCCAACUAAGCAACAGGACCCGAAAUUUAGUGAAGUCGAGGCCGAUGCGGAUCAACCCAAAUUGUAAAGUAGUGACCUGAGGCACUGAUAACGCAACUUAGGACAACCUCGUCGUCAUCAGGCUAUUUCUUCCGCAUCAUCAGGAGAAGAGGGUGCCAGCUUGGCAGCGAGCAAAACAGUCGGUGGGUUGCCCAGGAGGCAGCAGGGUCGCAGCAGUGUCAGUGGAGGCAAACGGCCACGGAGUAGAGCACCAGCUCCACUGCAGCCUACCACCACGGCCAGUAGUGGUGCCGGUGUGCACGGAGGAAGUAGCAGUCAGCCAGUGAGGAGUAGCGGGGGCAAAGUUUCCUACUCGGCGGGUGUGGCAAUUUUUCGUCAAGCCGCCCGAGGAAGUAAACGUAGCCGUAUGUUGACUAUGUGGCCAGAAAGUCAAGCGUGGCCAGGGGGCCCAUGUUGGGACUACAGCGUUGCGUCACCAUAUGCAGCGUCGCCAUUCGGUGGCCUGGGAAAACCGUGAUAAAGAUACGGCGGUUCUGCCUGCCCCAGCCCCCGCUCCAUCACCCGCUCCGUUACUUGCUCCGUCACCCGACGUCAAUCGCCCUCUAUCAGCCAGUCAAGGCUCCAACACCUCUGCUGAGGGGAGUUGUCGCUCGUUGGCAUCUUCCGCUCGUUCAGAUGCUCCUUCUCCUGCUACUCCUCUUCACGGAUUCCGUCAGCAGUCUUUCUUGGAAUCCGUUUCCAAGAGACAACAGUUUGCGAGCACGCACCCGACGGUGCAGAAGCUGAACGUCCUCCUGUCCAAGUUGCUGGUGCUGCAGUCCCUCCCUUUCCAAGUGGUGGACUCAGCACCUUUCCGAGAAAUGAUGGCUUGUGCCGAGCCGCGGUGGAGAGUGCCAAGCCGCAUUUCUUCACCAAAAAGGCAGUGCCAGCCCUGCAUUCACAUGUAGAAGAGAUGGUGGGCCAGUCUUUGAGCAUGUCGGUCUCUGCCAAAGUGCACGGCAGCGCCGACGUGUGGAGCUGUAACUACGGUCAGGGACAGUACAUGUCAUUUACGGCCCACUGGGUGAACGUGGUGCCGGCACAGCCGCACCAGCAACUUGGACAGGUCACGCCGCUUUUGCCUCCACGUUUGCACGUCCUUGGUCCAGCAAAGAUGUCCGCCUCUACCACCUCUUCUUCCGCCGUGUCCUCAGCCGCCACCCCCGUGCCAAGUCCCAUUACCCGACCGGCAUAUCACAUGUGCAGGGCGCAACGGUGUCACGCUGUGCUGCACCUGGUAUGCCUUGGCGAACGUAGUCACACAGGGGAGGAACUUCUGAGUGUAAUGAACAGAGAAAUCGACAGAUGGCUGUCUCCGCGCAAACUGAAAAUCGGAACCAUGUUGACCGACAACGGAAAGAACAUGGUGUCUGCUCUGCGUCAAGGAAGGUUGUGCCAUGCGCCAUGCAUGGCUCACGUGUUCAAUCUGGUUGUCAAGCGGUUCCUAAAAUCCACCAUCCCACUGCAAGACAUCCUUAAAAUGUCACUUAAACUUUGCAUGCAUUUCAGCCAUUCCUACACCGCAAAGCACACCCUCCUUGAGCUGCAGCGGCAGAACGGAAUUCCACAGCAUCGCCUGAUCUGCGACGUUGCAACAAGGUGGAAUUCAACCCUACAUAUGUUAGACCGCCUUUACGAACAGCGAAAGGCCAUCACCGAUUUCCUGAUGUUACAAGCGGAUAAAGGUACUCCCCUGUGUAACUUAGAUGUCAGCCAUUGGCAGCUCAUGCGUGACACCUGCCGCUUGCUCAGGCCCUUUGAGGAGGCCACGCUAUUCGUGAGUCGGCAGGACUAUGGGAUGAACGACGUCAUUCCUCUGUUGCACGUCCUGGAACAAAUGCUAAUGUUAACAAUGGCUGGUCAGGGUGCGGUAGACGUGGCGCACAGAUCUCAACGCCACAUGACCCCUGUGGGGGCAGGACAGGAAGAAGAGGAGGAGGUAGAGGAGGACAUUGGUGCUCAGGAAUUAUUGAGUGAAAUGGGUGGUUUUUCCACUCAGUGGACAGGAGUGGAGGAGCAGGAGCAUCUGGUAGAGGAGGAGGAGGAGACAGAGGACCCAGACGCACCGUGGCAGUAUGCUGUGGAGAUGGAGGCAGGGAGUCCCUCGCAUUCCUUGGCACAAAUGGCCCAUAGCAUGCUCGGUUGCUUGCGUAGCGACAGCCGAAUAAUAACCAUCAGACAGAGGGAUGACUUUUGGCUGUCCACCUUGUUGGACCCUCGCUACCGUUCAAAAAUGGUGGCCUUUUUCACACCUGCUGAGAGGGAGGCCAAAAUAACGUACUAUAAAAACCACCUAUGUAGUCAGUUGGUCUCUGCCUUUCUGCGCCAACGUCCAUCCUCAGACACUGUGGCCCUGUGCGCUCGCGUUCCGCUGCCAUGGCAGCAGGGGAGGGGUGGGGUGGUAGGAGCAGUGGCAGCUCCACCAGCAGCGGCUGCCUCAGUCUGCAGUCGAUGAUGAGUAGCUUUCUUCACCAGCGCAGUGAGGAAACUACUAACCAGCCGCAGCAGCAGCAGCAUCAUCAGGUGGACCUGGAGCAGGACCUCAAACAACAGGCUUGGGCCUACUUGGACAGCACCCUGCCAACCGAGGUAGACAAUCCCCUUGACUACUGGGCAACGAAACUUGACCUUUGCCCCAACUAGCUGAAUUUGCCCUUGAAAGGCUGUCAUGCCCGGCCAGUAGCGUGGCAUCGGAGCGCGUGUUUAGUGCGGCAGGAGGUAUUGUAACUCCGCGGAGGACACGACUGUCCACCCAAAGUGUGGAGAGACUCACGUUUGUGAAAAUGAAUCAGGCGUGGAUUAGUCUGGAUUUCAAACCACCAGUUCCUGACACAACUGACUAA